UCCUCAGCAUUUCCGACACUCUUCAGCAGCAGCGCAGUUUAACUCAAAUCAAAUGUAGUUUAAUCCGGAGUCGGAUUAUUCGUUUGCGUGCGUGUGUGCGUGUGCGCGCGUGCGUGCGUGUGUGUGCGUGUGCGUGUGCUCGCGCGCGUUGUUAAAGCCGGAGUCUGAGAGUCGCAUGAUACUGUCAAGAUAGUGACAUGGGGAACGGAAUUAGUAAGGUGCUGCCUGAUCUGUAUUUGGGCAACUUUAAAGAUGCCAGAGACAGAGAGCAGCUGGCGAGAAACAACAUCACGCAUAUCCUGUCCAUUCAUGACACGGCGGCGCCCAUCUUACAAGAGAUGACCUAUCUCUGCAUCCCGGCUGCUGAUCUUCCCACGCAGGACCUGAAGAAGCAUUUCAAACAGAGCAUCAUGUUUAUGCAUGAGUGCAGGCUGAAAGGAGAAGGAUGUCUGGUCCACUGUCUGGCGGGUGUGUCGCGCAGCGUUACGCUGGUCGUGGCUUACAUCAUGACAGUGACGGGUCUGGGCUGGCAGGAGGCGCUGGCAGCGGUCAGGGUGGCACGGCCCUGCGCCACGCCCAACCCUGGCUUCCAGAAACAGCUGCAGGAGUUUCAGAGCACGCAGGCGGAAGAGUUUCGGGAUUGGCUGAGGAGGGAGUAUAAGGCUUGUCCCUUUAACGAUGAGGAACACUUACGCAACCUGCUGGCUCAGGCCUCCAGCAACAGCGCAGGAACCGAGUGCAAACCCACGAACACGUGAAGAUUCCCGAUUUUCCCGCCCGGAGCGUUCCACCUUCUUCACGGCGAUCACUGUGCUGCUUAACAGAGGGUCGGCCUUUCAGCCUGCAUCUCCGUGCUAUUCCGCCAGUGCUUCUUUUACAUCCUGGCCUGCAACUGUUCCCUAACUUAUUGCCUCUUUUGUACAGAAAUGAUGCUGGUGAUGUUUUUACUGGAAUAAAUCAGGUUCAUGUUGG